AUUUGUUUUGCUCCAUUCUUGCCAAGGUGUUGUAAUUAAAUGUUAUAAAAUACAUUUCGUAUUAUCAAGUAGACCAACGUAUUUUCUAUGUCACCAUGGCUCAGCACAUAUUUCAAAGUGAGUUAAAAGUAAGUUCAUCACGCGGGAUUGGAAAAAGGACUGACAGUUUGACGUUCAACUACGGCGUUGGUCAGGGUGUUGGCUUCCUGGUUAUGGAGAUAUUAAACCUGCGAGCGUCUUUUCUUACUCUUGGCCGAUCGCUGUCAUCUUCUCGUAGACUCUUCAGCCGGAGCAUGGCAUCUGAAUCCGUCACCCGCUAUGAUUUCCUGGUAUUAGGCGGAGGAUCCGGAGGGCUUGCCGGUGCGCGGCGGGCGGCUGAACUCGGUGCCACUGCUGCCGUGAUCGAAAGUCACAGAUUCGGAGGUACCUGCGUUAAUGUUGGUUGUGUUCCUAAAAAGGUCAUGUGGAAUGCAUCCUCCCAUGCUGAGUAUCUCCAUGACCAUGAAGAUUACGGCUUUGAAGGUGCAAAAGCACAUUUCAGCUGGCAAUUAAUUAAACGGAAAAGGGAUGCUUACGUUAGUCGUCUCAAUCACAUUUAUCGGAACAACCUUGACAAGGCCAAAAUUGAGUCCAUUCAUGGCUAUGCAAGGUUCACUGAUGAUCCUGAACCCACUCUUGAAGUCAAUGGACAGAAGUACACGGCACCCCAUAUUUUAAUCGCCACUGGCGGCCACCCGUCCACUGUCAGUGACGAUGAUGUGCCAGGAGCCAGUUUAGGCAUUACCAGUGAUGGAUUCUUUGAACUUGAGUCUUGCCCUAAACGUAGUGUCAUAGUUGGGGCAGGGUAUAUUGCCGUGGAGAUGGCUGGUAUCCUUUCCACUCUGGGGUCCAAAACGUCUAUCAUCAUUCGGCAAGGCGGGGUAUUAAGGAACUUCGAUGCCUUGAUAAGCUCAAAUUGCACUAAAGAAUUGCAAAAUCAUGGUAUUGACUUACGGAAGAAUACUCAGGUGAAGUCAGUAAAGAAGACUGAUAAAGGCCUCGUGGUUAUGCUGGUGACAAAAGACCCUGACGACAAGGAUUCACAGGAAAAGUUUGAUACCAUUCAUGAGGUGGACUGUCUGCUCUGGGCCAUUGGCAGGGAGCCCAACACAGCUGGACUCAACCUCAGUCAAAUAGGUGUGAAGCUGGAUGAAAGGGGACAUAUUGUGGUGGACGAGUUCCAGAACACCACUCGACCGGGCAUCUACGCAGUUGGGGAUGUUUGUGGGAGAGCUCUCCUUACACCUGUUGCUAUUGCUGCUGGCAGAAAGCUUGCUCACCGAUUGUUUGAAGGCAGUGCAGACUCCAAAAUCGAUUAUAAUAACAUCCCUACGGUUGUGUUCAGCCAUCCACCAAUUGGCACAGUGGGACUAACUGAAGAUGAAGCAAUCAAGAGCUGGGGAAAGGACAAUGUGAAGGUUUAUACCACCUCUUUCACUCCAAUGUAUUAUGCCAUGACCACUCGAAAGAGUCAGUGCAUCAUGAAGCUGGUGUGUGCAGACAAAGAUGAGAAGGUGGUUGGUCUCCAUAUGCAGGGUUUUGGCUGUGAUGAGAUGCUUCAGGGUUUUGCUGUGGCCAUUAACAUGGGGGCUACUAAAGCAGACUUUGACAAAACUAUUGCCAUCCACCCCACGUCAUCAGAGGAGCUGGUUACAUUGCGCUAAUCACAAUCUGUAUCCCAACAUGCCAUUGUUCCAAUGUAAACAAAAAAAUAAAACUUCUCUGACUAUUUUCCCAGCAUCUACAUAUAGCAGUAUAUUACAAUGACAGUGAGCAUAUACGGGGUUUGUUAUGUCUCUGGAGUCGUGUGCUAUUGCCAGUGAUUGAUAAAGAUAAAUUAUUACAAACAAUAAUCAACUGACUACAAGUGCUGGAGGUACUAUUGUUUGAUUGAAAGAGUGUCAGAUGAAGGCUUGAUGAUUUAUAAAAGCUCGAACUAAAAUCUGUUUAUAUUAAAAAUUUCAAACAUUGUUGCUUACAUUUCUAAAAAGGUAAAUUCAGUUGUGGAAAAACAAAUGAGAGUUGCAUUCAAUAGUAGUGGGUAGUAGAUAGCUCAGGAUACAUGUACUGUGGGGUUCAAAAGUCCACUUGUGAAAAUGCUUCUAUUUUACUUUUUCUAUAUAUUAAAUGUAAAAUAGACAGCAAUUUUUCUAAAUUAAAUGUUUUAUUUUUUUUUACUACAAAUUAUAAAAUAAUUUUACUACAAAUUAUAAAUUUGAGUGAAAAGUUUAAUUGAACAAUUUAUUUGUAUGUCUGUUUACUAUGUCCCCCAUUUAAUGGCAGCAUGCUUGCAAAAUGACACUCCACAAGCUUGCACAAAAACUGACAAUUCAUGUUAUCCAACCAUGAUUUGAUAAUGUUCCAAAUAGCAGCUUGUGGAAAUCUGAAGAGUUAACAUGGUGAAAGUCACAAAUUUGUGACAUAGAAUUAGUGCAGAAUAGUAUAUAUUUCUAUUUUAUGUCAUUACAUUUGUUUAACAUUUCUCAAAAACCUUUAUUUCAGGGUUGAAAUUAGAUUUUGGACCCCAGAUUUUCAGUGAACAAUGUGAACCCCACCGUAUGUCAAAUAAAAUUGUAUAUGCACAGUUCAGCACUUGUGCAUAAUCCCUGAAUGCUGUCAAAAAAAUCAGUCUUUGUGCGAUUAAUAGUUUAACUUUAUCAAAUAUACUUUUAAUAAACUGGUCACUUUUUGUAAAUAUUUAUGUUUACAUCUUGAGAUCUUUAAUCAAUUCUUUAAAGGCUUUAAAUUUUUGCAUUCAUAGAAGAGAAACUAAAAGUUCCCUGUAUUAAUGUAUUGUAAGGUACUUUCUAUAAAGCUUGAGAAAAGUGUAAGUCACACCAUGAGAGUUAGAUCUUGUUGCUCUACAAAGAUGUAUUUGCAAAAGUGCCAUUGGAUGUAAUAAUUUAGAAAAUACAGCAUGCAAUACAGUCAUCAUUUGUGACCGAGUAUGUAUGGCCAUUAGAGAUUAUUGGCAGCAGCAGGAAAUCACAGAACUGUGCGCGCUUGCUCAAUCAAUAGUUUGACCUCUCACUUGUCAAAAUCGUGCUCUAUCAAUGGAUAAUAGCAUGCUUUUAACUCAGGUGUUCAGAAAGUUAUGACAAAAAACAUUCUGCAUUCAAAGUCCACAAAAUGUUAUGUUUUAAUAUUGUAUGGUGUGAUGAAAUGUGGCCGUGUUGUAUACUGUGAGACAGAAGGAAGUUAUUCGAAGAAAAAUGCUUUGAUGCUUCAUUUUUACCCAAGAUUGAGUCUACAAACACAUUUCAAAAGUAUUAUGGGAGUCACCAAUUCAGUCUAAAUUGCAGAAGAGUGGGGAAGUCAGUCAAACAAAGCAAACCGUUUAAGAAAGUCGUUUUAAUGGUUAAAGGUUUACAACAUGGUCACUGUUUGAUCAAAUAAAAUACUAAAAACAGUUUAUACAAUAUGAACUGUGUAAUAGCGUUAAAACAAAACACAUUGUUACAUAAAAUUAUACAGGUCAAAGAGGACAUAAAAAUAAAAACUAUGAGCUGCUUAAAUUUCGUUAUAACCCCUGAGUUUCAUCUCACUAAACGAUGGUCUUACAUUCAGUAAACCAAGAACAGAUCGGCCUGACCUGGGUAAACGUGACCACUUUAAACCUAAACAAAAUUAAAAACAAAACACAAAAGUGAAACAAGACUCCGGUAUCUACUGGUGCUGCUAAUGGCACCGGAAAGCGACAUCAUGGCAAUGCGGGGGGGGGGGGGGGGGGGUAGAGGUUCCCCAAUAAUACAGCUCACAGUUACUCAAUAUAAACCAAACUAACAAUUCCCAGAUCAAACAACUCAUUUUUGAAAGUCCAGUCGUAAGUGUUUAAAAAAAAAAAGA